AUGCUGUCCUACUGUCAGUUCAUCAUUUCAGUUCGAUCUGCAUUCGCGAAAUCGCGAUAAAAGUUCGAACAGCAAGUUUGAAGUGGCACUUUGCUAUAAUACAAUUAGAAUAAAAGUAAUUCAUGCGUGUAUUUACGAACUCCACAAUCAGAAGUGGUAAUAACUGUAAACUUUGUUUGUUUGUUGCUAUUAAAUCAAUAGUAUAGACGAUUCAGGAAGAUGGAAGAUUUGAAGAAAGUGUACAUGACUCCUUUGCCGGAUUCGCCUUACGUGCGGCCGUUCCGGUUUAACUACACGCAGGGAGGCAAGGAGAAGAACUGGGAUAUGCUGGAGGUGCACGACAGCGUCGCUAUCAUCGUGUUUAACGUGACCAGGAACGUGUUGGUGUUCGUCAAGCAGUUCAGACCCGCGAUAUACUUCAACAGCGUGCCACCCUGUGACCGGGAAGACGAGGAGAUCGACACAGAGAAGUACCCGGCCUCCUUGGGCAUCACGCUGGAGAUGUGCGCUGGUAUCGUGGAUAAGAAGAAGUCACUACAGGAGAUAGCUAGGGAAGAAGUGCUGGAGGAGUGUGGGUAUGAUGUACCCUUGAAGGAGCUGCAUCAAAUUGCGUCUUACAGGGCGGGCGUCGGUGUUCAGGGUUCCCUACAAACAAUGUUUUAUUGCGAGGUCACCGAUGACAUGAAGAAAGGGAAAGGUGGAGGCGUCGAAGAUGAAAUUAUAGAAGUAGUAGAAAAAUCAAUAACUGAAGUAGAGAAAUGGAUCUCCGGGCCGGGUCCCCUGAACAGCCCGCCGUCCUGCCUGUUCGCGCUCAUGUGGUUCCUACGAAACAAGGCCGACAGAUACAGGAAAUCAUUUGAGAGAUACUGCGGAGAGUGCAAAGUCGUUGUAAACGAUCCAUUUUUUGCAACAUGUAUGUACACUGUGUUUUAUUUAUCAUUGUAUUUAAAUUGUUUUAAUUAAAUGCACAAAAUGCAAACAAUGCAAGCCGGUCGUUGUAAAAAUAUAGAGUACCUAUUGCUUAAAAUCAGGCAAAACUUAAUAAUCCUAAAAUAAUUUUGCUUCAGACAUGCAAAAAAGAUAACGAUUCUGUUUUUUUAUGUUGGUAUGUAUUUC